CAGAAAGCCCCCCUAAGCAUCUGACUCCUUGAUCACGUAGAGUGUGUCUGAACUGCCUAGGUCAUUUCAGUGGGCAUAUUGUAUGACCAAGGCAGGGCCCGUACGUAUGACGACCAGCUUAGAGAUCAUGGAGGGGCUACUACCGCCUUGUCAGUACAAAACUUACGGAGUACUAAGCAUACCCGGAUUUAGCAGUCCUUGUUGGCAUUUGACGUCGCACUUCACCCUCCCAACUAAACAGCCAACGACCAAAGGCCACACUUCCGUGCAACCCCGACGAAACCAAAACUCGCCGUCCCAUCUUUUGAGAACCCAGUCCACAUCACCCUUUGCAUCCUGAAGGACUUGAAGGACGGCCUUGACUCACGACUCAACAACGUUGUGCAGCAAACGGCCUGCAGCCGAACCCCCCACGUCACCGAACCGAGUGAUUGGAGCAGGUGCGGCGCUUUAUUGGCGGCCGUAUCGCCUGCACUGCCAUCUUUGUCUGGGAAAUGCCCUACCAAGACAACCGCCGUCUACUAGACUUUUCCCAGGCCGAAGUACGAGGCGAAGACGAACUCGAACGAAUCAUCAAUCGAGUGCGGCACGAGCGACUGCGUCUGCACAGGAGCCGUCUACUGCAGAGGGUUGAGAUUGGAAGAGAUCUUGACGGAGAGCCACGCACUGGCGGCGAGCGAGACGCUUCCGAGGCCGCCGCAGUAGGAGCCACGGCGAUUCCAAGGCCCCGUCCAGGCCUGGCUAGCAGCGACGGGGAGACUGCUCCUCCUGCAAACAUGUCUAGCAAUCAACGUGAUCUCCAACGCAGAUUCUCACGAGAGCCUGCACCCCGCCACUCGGAAGCCCUGCCCAGCUUCGCGAGCCUCGCGACUGCCACAGCCCUCCCACCUCUACGCUCUCUCACUCGGCGAGGCUCUGCAACUUCCACGCCCCCCGGCUCGAGUGGCCGCCCGCCUCGCCAACGGCUGGCCGAGAGGUGGCUUGAUCGAUACCGAACUUCGGAGAACCGAACGUCGAACCCGAGCAGCUUCGAAGACUUGGAGUACGACCUGGACGAUGCGAACUCACAGCUGCGUGCGCUCCUCGAAUACACAAACACCGCCAUGAUGUCAUCUCCUCUCAGCCCAACAUCCCACUCACAUACUCCCUAUCCAGAGCAUGCCGAGGACAACCGUCGGGUGAAACGGCGGAAGCUGGAUUUCGAGAGGACGGGGUCCAGUUUUCAAGGGUUCCGCUAUGGCAGAUUUGGCCAGAUCGAGCCAGGCCAGCUGAAAAUGGAGAUUGAGAGCUGUGACGGUGGAAUGUAUGCCGACAGCAACGUGAACCCCCCGGAGAGCAUCCUGAAGAGGGAUGCAUCUGUCUACUGUACGAAGCGAAACCGUUGCAACCUCGUUCUGAAGCACCAGGGUGCCACCGUCUUCACACUCACAGAAUUGGUGAUUAGGGCACCAAGUGCCAACUAUUCGUCACCGAUUCGGGAGGGCAUGGUAUUUGUUUCUAUGGCAUGCGACGAGGUCCUCAACAGGACAGCGCAGUAUCAGGUCCAGUAUGUGCCGCGCAACGACACGAACACGCCCGCAGAACGGGUCCCGGCACCAUCUGCACGGCAUAACUACGAUGGAGCGGCAUCGGCUACGAGCCGUUCGCGCCAGAGACGCAUUAAUCUCAACACCCGCCUGGAAGAGGCCCUGGAGCACAAAGCCGCAGUGUUCCCGGUCGAACCCCUGCCCUUCCCUGUAACAGUGGCCACAGACUGCAGUGAUAGCGAGGAUUCGCCGGUGCCGCGCCUGCUCAGACGGCAACCGCCUCCGCCCAAUAGGAUUGGGCCACUGCCAUUUGAGAGCGACGACAGUGAGGACGGCGAAAACGGGUUUGCUUCGUGGAACGACGACUUGGGGUUCAACGACGACGACGGCACGCCUCCACCCCCGCCGGCGCCUGCGAGCCGACAUGCUCACGACAUGACGCUGGCGGAGGCAGCUGAGGCAUCCCAGCUUGCCACCCAAGAGGCCGUGAGGGCGGUCGGGGGCGAGCUGCUUGCGCCACACGCCAAGUUCUACAUCGAGAAGGACAAAAACAGGUGCACUAUAAAGUUUGACCCUCCAAUCUCGGGGAGGUAUAUUCUUCUCAAGAUGUACCAUCCAACGUCUAACAUCGACGUGCAAGGUGUCUUUGCGAAGGGCUUCGCAGGUCCACGCUACUUCCCCAGCACAGAUCUACGAUGAACCAAGUUCAGUGUGAAACAGGUCGGGAGACGGGGCUGUCGGUUCGGUAUCCGAGCCUCGCAAGAUGCAACAAAUAAAAGAGUCGCGCCCACUACACAGUCCAUUGUAUAGUUAUACGACGAAGGCACGUUGGGACCGCAUGGGACUGAUUCCCCAGGCAUUUCUUUGGGCGACUGCCGUUUGCUGGCAGUAAUACCUGAAUGCACAGCACAUUGCAUGUUUUGUGAGCGUUAGUUAGUCCUGUUUGAUGAACAACGCAAUGAAGAUGGAGAUAGAUACCUUGGCAUCACAUUAUUGGCCUUAUCAUCUGUUCAAACUCAAUGCUGAAGGUCAAUGUUGCUGCUGACAGGGUCCCAUUUCUCUCUAGGAGAGAAUCCACUGGCAGUGCUGUAAGGCUGGAUUGGUCGGCUGUGCUGACCGACUCCACGGCCCACUCAGGGUGCACUGCCCUGAUAGCCUAAAUCCUGUCUAGCCCGCAUUCCAGAGUAGCCAAAGCGUUGUGGAGUGGUGAGCCCAAGUCAAUGCGAUGCAAGACGAUCUUUGGCGGACAUACAGGCUGACAGUGCGUGGAUAGAUCGUCUAGAACGCGAUGGUUGCUGGCACAAACAGCCAGAC